AGGCUGGCCGGGCCCGGGGGGCAGCCGGCCCCGGGGGGGCCGCAUGAGCCCCCCGCCGGGCACCGGGGCGGGACGGAGGAGGAGGCGGCCGAGGGAGAAGCCGGCCCGGCGGCGGGGAGGCCCGGCGGGCCCGAGCGCGGCAGGUGGGGCCGGCGCGGCCGCAGCCGGGAGGAGGAGGAGGCGGCGAUGGAGGGCCUGGCCGGGUACGUGUACAAGGCGGCGAGCGAGGGGCGAGUGCUGACGCUGGCCGCGCUGCUCCUCAACCGCUCCGAGAGCGACAUCAAGUACCUGCUGGGCUACGUGAGCCAGCACGGCGGGCAGCGCUCCACGCCGCUCAUCAUCGCCGCCCGCAACGGCCACGCCAAGGUGGUGCGGCUGCUCCUCGAGCACUACCGGGUGCAGACCCAGCAGACCGGCACGGUCCGCUUCGACGGCUUCGUCAUCGACGGCGCCACGGCGCUGUGGUGCGCGGCCGGCGCCGGCCACUUCGAGGUGGUGAAGCUGCUGGUGAGCCACGGCGCCAACGUGAACCACACCACGGUCACCAACUCCACGCCGCUGCGGGCGGCCUGCUUCGACGGCAGGCUGGACAUCGUCAAGUACCUGGUGGAGAACAACGCCAACAUCAGCAUCGCCAACAAGUACGACAACACGUGCCUGAUGAUCGCGGCUUACAAAGGCCACGCCGACGUGGUGAGGUACCUGCUGGAGCAACGCGCCGACCCCAACGCCAAAGCCCACUGCGGCGCCACGGCCCUGCACUUCGCCGCCGAGGCCGGGCACUUGGACAUCGUGAGGGAGCUGGUGAGGUGGAAAGCGGCCAUGACCGUGAACGGGCACGGGAUGACCCCGCUGAAGGUGGCCGCCGAGAGCUGCAAGGCCGACGUGGUGGAGCUGCUGCUGGCUCACGCCGACUGCGACCGCGGGAGCCGCAUCGAGGCUCUGGAGCUGCUGGGAGCCUCCUUUGCCAACGACAGGGAAAACUACGACAUCCUCAAGACUUACCACUACCUGUACCUGGCCAUGCUGGAGAGGUACCGAGACGGCGAGAACGUGGUGGAAAAGCACGUCCUCCCUCGCAUCGAAGCUUACGGAAACAGGACGGAGUGCAGGACUCCUCAGGAGCUGGAGGCCAUCAGGCAGGACAGGGACGCUCUGCACAUGGAAGGCCUCAUCGUGAGGGAGAGGAUCCUGGGCUCCGACAACAUCGACGUCUCCCACCCCAUUAUUUACCGGGGGGCCGUUUACGCGGAUAACAUGGAGUUCGAGCAGUGCAUCAAGCUGUGGCUCCACGCCUUGCACCUCAGGCAGAAAGGCAACAGGAACACCCACAAGGACCUCCUGAGGUUCGCCCAGGUCUUCUCGCAGAUGAUCCACUUGAACGAGCCCGUCAAAGCCAAGGACAUCGAGAGCGUGCUGAGGUGCAGCGUGCUGGAGAUCGAGCAGGGCAUGUCCCGCAUCAAAAGCACCCAGGACACCGACAUCCACACGGCCCUGGACAACUACGAGUGCAACAUCUUCACCUUCCUCUACCUGGUGUGCAUCUCUACCAAGACGCAGUGCAGCGAAGAGGAGCAGUCGCGGAUCAACACCCAGAUCUACAACCUCAUCCAGCUGGACCCCAGGACUCGGGACGGCUCCAGUUUGUUGCACCACGCCGUCAACUCCGGCACCCCCGUGGACGACUUCCACACCAACGACGUCUGCAGCUUCCCCAACGCCCUGGUCACCAAGCUGCUGCUGGACUGCGGCGCCGACGUCAACGCCGUGGACAACGAGGGCAACAGCCCCCUCCACGUCAUCGUGCAGUACCACAGGCCCAUCAGCGACUUCUUGACGUUGCAUUCCAUCAUCAUCAGCCUGGUGGAGGCCGGUGCUCACACCGACAUGACCAACAAGCAGAAGAAAACCCCUCUUGAUAAGAGCACGACGGGGGUGUCUGAAAUACUCCUUAAAACUCAAAUGAAGCUGAGUCUCAAGUGCCUGGCUGCCCGAGCAGUGCGGUUCUAUAACAUCAGCUACCAAAACCAGAUCCCCAGAACUCUGGAGGAGUUUGUCAAGUUUCACUAGGCUCCAUUAAAUAAACCCUUCUAGUGGUGGUGCUAUCCCGGGACGGCUUCGGUUGCAGACAGCAGAGGGGACACACGUGUCCACAGAGAGGCUUUUGGGGUUGGGGUUCCUCUGGAUUCAGGCAGGUCUGGUUGGGAGGGGUGGGGGAGGGAACUGGGAGGAAGAAAACCACCUUGUUUUCCCAUAGUCACAAUGUUUGGAGGUUUUGGUCAUCGUUGUCUCUUUGCUUUUAUAAACAAAGCAGCAAGAAUCCCGGUGUAACUCGUGUUUCCAGCACGCAGGAUUUGCAGUCUGGGUGCUUAUUUACAGGGCCCCCCUUGGCAAGGGCCACUGUCACCCUGCCACCCAGGCAGUGGCUUUGCACAUGGCUGGGAGUGAGGUGGGAAGGAACAGUGCAGUGCUUGGUUAGGAGCGGAAAAGCCUCGACACACAGAGCAACCUGUUGCUCUCGUACCUCACCAUCCGUUUAUGCCUUUCAGUUGUUGCUGAAGGUGUUGGUAACGUUCUAAGUUCAUUUUUCAUUUGGUUUUAUUUGGUUGAAAUCAUGGGCAGCAGUUAUCAAAGCAACAGCUACAGACAGAGGGAAUGCUCUGGUAGGAAGGACGGGCUCACCUGGUGAUAGCUGGACAUACCAGGCUCUUCACUGGCUGCUGCUGUAGUAAGUAUUGAAUAGCUUCUGUAAAAGGAACUUGCACAUCUGACUGAAACGAACUGGACUCACCAUGGCUUCUGUUCCUGUAGCUGAGUUGCUCACCCACAAAGAUCACGCAUGGAUACCUAGGAAAUCCCGAGGGUAUUUGUGCUUGUGUGUGUGUCCCAACAUUUCAGAAUGCUUUUAACUUGAUUUUUGUGUGUUCUGUUUCCUUUUGUUUGAUGUUCUUUCCAUGAUCAACACGCACCUUUUGGACUCAACCAGUAUGGAAAGAGAAGGAACCUGCACUCUUGGCUUUGCAGAUGCUGGCUCUUCCUUUGGAGUAGUCUCACCAAAGAGAGUCUUCCUUUGGAGCUGGCUUUCCCCACGAGUUUGGAGUCUGUGCCUCAAUUGGACUUGAGGAUGUGGGGGGUGUUUUUUCAUGGUUUUUACUCCUUUCAUGAUGGAAAUCUCACUGCAACCUGAUUGUUUUUAAACUGCUGGUGUGGGGAGCAGCUGAUUGUACAAACAGCUUCUCCUCGGUAGGAGUCGCAGCCACUCCCCCCUGACAGUAAAAUGUCACUUGUUUUGACAAGGCUACUGGGAAACUCUUUGUUCCUUUUAAAAAUGCAGCUUUUUAACUGUCAGAUGAUGAAAGAAUGUUCUCUGUAGGGGUUUGUUUUGUUUUCUAAACCAAUCCAGGUAGAGCUUUUCAGGCAGGUUUGGGCACACCCUUUCUAUUUGUAUGACAAGGAAAUAAAACACUGAAUGUGCAA